UCUUAAAAACCGGGCCUCAACCCAAACCGCGAUUCUUCUCUCUCUCUCUGUCGCUCUCCUCAGAGUCUCCACAGCAUAAACCCUAAAAUCCAAAAUUGGUUACUUGUUUUGCCCUAGCUGCCCUCUCCUAUUCGUCAAUUCCAGGAAGCUACGGGACUGUCCCAAUCUACAACAUUCAACAUUAUAAAUUUUGUAUAUCCGGUUUGUUGUAAAUUUGUGAGCAGAGAUAUACAUAUGGCUGGUUUUUUGCCGGCUGAGUCCUCUCAUAGUGGAAUCACUGGUAUGUAUGAUGGUGGGUCCUCUAAUGCUCAGGAGAGGCUGGAGGAGGGAUCCUGUUGGUACUUUUACAGAAAGGAAAUUGAAGAAAAUUCUCCAUCUAGACUAGAUGGCAUUGACUUGAAGAAGGAGACAUAUCUACGCAAGUCAUACUGUACUUUUCUACAAGAUUUGGGCAUGAGACUUAAAGUACCCCAGGUAACAAUUGCAACAGCCAUAAUUUUCUGUCACCGAUUUUUUCUUCGACAAUCACAUGCAAGAAAUGAUAGAAGGACUAUUGCAACAGUUUGUAUGUUUCUUGCUGGCAAGGUUGAAGAAACUCCACGGCCACUGAAAGAUGUUAUCAUCGUUUCUUAUGAAAUUAUACAUAAGAAGGAUCCUGCAGCAGUUCAGAAGAUCAAGCAAAAGGAGGUAUAUGAACAGCAGAAAGAACUAAUUCUUAGUGGAGAGAGGGUUGUUCUUGCAACUCUUGGUUUUGAUCUUAAUUUACUGCAUCCUUAUAAACCCCUUGUUGAGGCGAUAAAGAAAUUUAAAGUAGCUCAAAAUGCCCUUGCUCAAGUUGCAUGGAAUUUCGUCAAUGAUGGACUUCGGACAUCUCUUUGCUUGCAAUUUAAACCCCACCACAUUGCAGCUGGUGCCAUUUUCCUCGCUGCCAAAUUCCUCAAAGUAAAGCUCCCGUCAGAUGGCGAGAAGGUCUGGUGGCAAGAGUUUGACGUCACCCCACGCCAGUUGGAGGGUGGGUGUCCUCAUUUUAAUUCAGUAGAAGUUAGCAAUCAAAUGUUGGAACUUUAUGAACAAAAUAGAGCUCCAGCUUCCAAUGAAGUGGAAGGAAGUACAGCUAGUGGUGCUAGUCAUCGGGCCCCGCCAAAAGGUACAGCUAGCAAUGAAGAACAUGCUACAAGACCUGGAACCUUGAAAUCUUCAUCAUCUAGACCAGCUUCUGAGCAUUCAGAUGUUGACAAUGGUGAUGGACCCCCCAGAACCACCCAAAGUCGAAAUAAUGACUGCAGAAGUACAGAAACGAAUAAUGCUUCUGACCAAAAUGUGGAUGUUGAAUGCAAAGAUAAUCAGCACCCCAGACCAAUGUCAUCCCACCAGGAAAAAGGAGGACAAUCUCUAAAUGCAUCAAAAUUUGCAUCAGAUGGAUGUGGUGAAGGUCAAGAUAAUAAUGGGACAUGCGAAACAAGAGAAGCCGGGGAAUUGCAGGACAAACAAUUUGAUCGAAGUGUGGAGAAUAGAACAGGUGCACUUGGCCAGUCACCUCAGGAUGUUAUAAAAAAGAUUGACAGAAACAAGGUGAAGGCAGCGCUGGAGAAACGUAGGAAGUCUCAGGGUGAUAUGGCUCGAAAGAAAGAUUUGAUGGAUGAAGAUGAUCUCAUUGAGAGGGAACUGGAAGAUGGUAUUGAACUUGCUGCUGGGAGUCAAAGCCGGUCUAAGCCCUCAAAUGGACCAGAACAUGAGAACAUACAUGACGGAAAACAUCAAGACAGUGUUGGGUAUGGUGGAACUGAUAUAAAUACUGUGGAAGAAGGUGAGGUAUCUGCACAUGAUGAUGGUGGCCAGGGAUACCAAUCACCCAAACGCAAGGCAGAAAGCCCGAACCUCGAUGCUGUAGAGAAGAAGCAGCGUCGUGAUUAUGAGCCUGGAACCUCCCACCAUAAUGGGUUUGAUUAUGGAGAAGAUCAUGGCAGGAGGGUUGGACACUCAGAAAGGGAUCAGAAAAGGCAAGCACAGGAGAAUCAUGUUUGAGGUAGCUGGAUAGUCUUGAGUUAAUCUUGUGAGUUCUCUUCAUGCACAAUUGUACACUGAUUUCUUUGCAGACUAUCCUCGGUAUGCUCAUCUGAUCCUUUAUUAUUCCUGGUAUCGGAAUAAUAUAUAAUUGAUGUUUCCAAAGGGACCCGAAGGCUCCUUCUCAUGUUUUGGAUGCUGUAUCUUGAUUGAUGGUUAAAUUGUGAAGAAACUUCCAAUAUUUGAGAAUCAUCAAUUAUAUAUAAAAUUAUUGCAAUUUUUGUAGGGUAUCA